AUGGAUCACGUUAUACAGGCCAAAAAGACCGCCCUCAUCACUGGUGCUGCAUCCGGGGUGGGAUUUGCCGUGGCGAAGCGUUGCCGGGACGAGGGCAUGCAUCUGGCUUUGCUAGACAUCGACAAGGAAAAUCUAAUCAAGGCCAAAGACACUCUGGCCGAUCUGAAUCCAAGCCUCAUAACCGAGGCCUACGUUCUCGAUGUAGCCGACGUGCCCCUAUGGGAAAAGACUGCCCACCAGAUUGCCCAGGUCUUUCCAGACGUUGACCUGGUCGUGCUCAACGCUGGGAAAGGGUUCAAACCAAAUGGACAGGGCAGCGAGCGUUUGAAGCCAUGGCUGGACGGUGACUAUUGGAGGAAGACAAUGGACACGAAUGUUUACGGACCCUUGAAUGGACUCAAGACUCUACUCCCUAUGGUCAUUGCCUCCAAGACUCGGACGGCCAAGGCAAUUGUCAUAACCGGCUCGAAGCAAGGGAUCACCAACCCGCCGGGGGCAGGCAAUCCAGCAUAUAACGCAUCCAAGGCGGCGAUCAAGAACCUGACCGAGCACCUUGCGCACGACCUACGUUCCGACCCAUCAACGGCUCAUAUAUCCGUGCAUUUGUUGAUUCCCGGCUGGACUUGGACGGGGCUGAUGGGAAAUGUGGGUCCCACCAACGAAGCAGAGGUCAAGAAGCCCACCGGUGCAUGGUAUCCAAGCCAAGUUGCCGAAGAGUUACUUCAAGGGCUGAAGACGCGCUCGUUCUACAUUGUAUGUCCAGAUGGGGAGACCGACCGAGCUCUCGAUCAAGCUCGUAUGAAGUGGGGCAGCGAAGAUGUCGUGGAGGGCCGGCCGGCUCUGUCUCGCUGGGAUGAGAAUUGGAAGACCCGCGCUGAAGAAACGAUCCAGAUGGAUGCCGAAUCUCGGCGAAAUUAA